AAGAAGAAGAAGAAGGAGGAGGAGGAGGAGUGCAGUACAGUACAGUACCGUACCAAACUGAAACAGCACUGUCGUCAUGCGAUGCAACAGCAACAAAACAAGCAAUGAUAUUUCUGGACGUCGUGAUUUGGCUGAAUCUGUAACAUCUGGAAAUAAAUAAAUGCCUCUAUAGAGUGAAUGGAGGAGUCGAGUGGAGCUCUUAAAGAGAGAUUCCCGGCUGAAGGGGGACUUCUUAGUGAGUUGUAGGCUAUGAGUGUGGGUGAUGGAGGACAAUCAAUGUGGGGACUUGGACUACCUGAUCCAAGAUGAGGACACCCUCAUUGAGGGCAUCAGCAACCAGGUCUUAUUUGUCGUAGUGCUCAGCAUCACCUUCCUUGCAGGCCUCCUCACUCUACUUUGCAGACAGGAGCAGCAUACCAUCCAUCCUGAGAACCAGGAGCAUGUGCGAGCCGUUCGACAGCAGCUCCAAACAGAGCAGGAUGAAAAUUCCCAGGCUGAGGCCAGACAGCAGUAUUACACAGACAUGUCUUGCCCCGUGUGUCUACAACAGGCUGUUCUGCCUGUGGAAACCAACUGUGGACAUCUUUUCUGUGGCUCCUGCAUCAUAGCCUACUGGAGGUAUGGCACCUGGCUUGGUGCUAUUAACUGCCCCAUCUGCAGACAAAUGGUAACGCUGCUCUUCCCACUAUUUCAUGAGCACGCCGCCCCUCAGAGGGUGCAGGAUGGUGAGGCCGAACCUCAGCUUAUUUUAAGAGACAUCAAUGAUUACAACCGCAGGUUCUCCGGACAGCCAAGAUCUUACAUGGACAGGCUGCGCGAUGUGCCCACCCUGCUUCGUCAUCUCUUUAGGGAGAUGUUUUCUGUAGGCGGUCUCUUCUGGAUGUUCAGGAUUCGAAUUCUUCUAUGCCUUGUCGGCGCGCUCACCUACCUGGCCUCACCGCUCGACAUCCUCCCCGAAGCACUUUUCGGCCUUUUGGGUUUCAUGGACGAUUUCUUUGUGAUCCUGCUUCUCUUUGUGUACAUUUCUAUCAUGUACAGAGAGGUCGUUACGCAGAGACUGAAUGGCUAGGUGAUCACUCGUAAAAGAGGCCUUAGCUCGCUCAUUGGAGGCUUCGGGAAGAGUGGACUCAUCAUCUGAGGUAUUAAAACUGAAUGAAUGUUCAAAGAAGUGUUGAUCAGUGAUGCUGGUUUUCUCGGAUGGCUUCAGUUUGAAGUCUGGGAUGUUGCUUCACCACUGAGGAAGGAUUUGAAGAAACAACAAAGUUCUGAAUGUUGACUGUUUUUAGAAUUUCCCCUUAUUGGUUUACAGGUUGAAUGAGUCAAGACUAACAGUUGAUCAUAGGAGGAUGUGGAGUCAGCCAGGAAAAUCUUUCUGGCUAAACUGUGUACUUAAAAAACAACCAUUAUUGUAUGAACAGUCGGUUCUUUGACACUGUUGCCAAAAUCAGCCAUUUGGUUAAUGUGCAUAACACUGUAGUGGAGACCAUUGUGUAAUAUAUCAAAAUGUUAAAAUGACUGCAUUGAAGGGCAGUGACUUGAUUAAAUGCAUUUAAAGCAGACUGUCAAGAAACAGAAUUAUCAACCUCCAGAUAAAGGUGUGUUAAAGAAAUCAUCUUACUGUGGCUGUUACUGUUUGGUCAAGUCCACUGAUGAUGGAUUUCUGUAAGUCAUCUGUAACUAUGCAUAUUCAUAAUGACUUGAAAAACACAGCUCGAUAUGCUUGUGUGAAAAUCACAGAAUCAUCUAACAUGCGAUACUUUACAUUUAUUAAUCAAAUCUGAUGUAAUUUGAACUAAUAUUGCACAGGACAAACUAUUUAAUGCACAAUGAGUUUUCAAUCAGUGGAUUGUUAUUCAAGAAAAGUACAAAAAAAUGUAAUCCAUUGAUCCUAAAAAGAAGCCAAACCAAAGUAAACGGAGUAAUUCUAGGUCAUUUUGAAUGUAUCUCACACAAGUUAUGAAUGUUAAUGUUUCAAAGUUUACCUCAUAAUUCUUAGUCAUUGUAACUGUGGACAUUCUGCACCACAGACAUUCUCAAAUUCUUCAAACACCAACGCCCUUCUUUGCUAAUCUAUAAGUCUGUUUUUGAAAAAUAAAUCCAAAUUUAGUUUUGAUCAAAAAUUAAAUGAAUAUUGUGUACAAUAUGCAUUUGGUUGUUUUGGGGUUUUGUAAAUAUUUUUGCAAAUGUAUUAAUUUGUGAAAAGAAAUGAUUUCUGGAGCAUGUAAAUUGAAUGAGUGUGAUCUCAAUGUUCAGUUGAAAAUCACUGCUGGUGCACAGUAAAUAUGCAGUUCUCAA